CCCUGCUCGUUAGUUGCCAACGGGAGGAGAUCAGAGGCUGACGAGAGCAACAGCACUGGAAGGAGGAGCUCCUCAAGCAGGGAGUGCUUGAAGAGGAGCCCGAGGAGCCCAAAGGCAGAGGGCUCUGACUCGGUGACAUCUCAGUCCUCACCCAGUGAAGAAGCUGGAAUGAUGACUGAGGUGAAAGUGAAAACAGAGGUACCAGAUGACUAUAUUGAAGAGGUGAUCUGGCAGGACGACACCAAAGAUUCCAAGAAGAACAUAAAAGAUGGGCCGGGAGAUGUGCCUGCAGAGAUCUGUGUGGUCAUAGGUGGGGUCCGCAACCAGCAGACACUGGGGUCUUAUGAGUGUGGAAUAUGUGGGAAGAAAUACAAGUAUUACAACUGUUUCCAGACCCAUGUGCGAGCGCAUAGAGACACUGAAGCUGCCUCAGGGGAAGGAGCCUCACAAGGCAACAACUUUAGGUACACGUGUGACAUUUGUGGGAAAAAGUAUAAAUAUUAUAGCUGCUUCCAGGAGCACAGAGACCUGCACGCCGUGGAUGUUUUUAGUGUGGAAGGGGCCCCAGAAAACCGGGCAGACCCCUACGACCAGGCCGUCAUAGCAGCCGACGAAGUGAAGGAGGAGGAGCCGGAGCCGUUUCAGAAGAUUGGUCCAAAAACUGGCAAUUACACCUGUGAAUUCUGUGGCAAGCAGUACAAAUACUACACUCCCUACCAAGAACAUGUGGCACUGCAUGCACCUAUUAAGUUCUCUCGAUCUCCACUCUUCGUGGCAGUGAAGACACAGGCGAGCCAAUCCAGCAAAAAAACACCGCCUUCACUAAACCGAUGUUCCACCCUCCUGCACCGCACCCCCUCCGGUGUCCCACCGGCAUCCCAAUCCCAGAUGUUCCGCGCUCCAAAUUCUGGAUCCCCAGGAAGCAAGGCCAUCACAGCAGAAAGUGCUUUCAGCAGGAGAGUGGAAGGCAAAGGGCAGAACAACUUUGAAGAAACAAACAGCAGUUCUCAGAACUCCAGCGCUAUUCAUUCGGGGACAGAAAAACCUAAAGAAAAGCGAUGUAAGCAGAAUCCAUCAGAACCUUACACCUGUGGAGCUUGUGGAAUCCAGUUCCAGUUUUAUAACAAUCUCCUGGAGCACAUGCAGUCCCACGCAGCUGACAAUGAAAACAAUAUUGCCUCUAGCCAGCCCAGAUCACCUCUAGCUGUUGUUGAAGAAAAGUGGAAACCACAGCUCCAAAGAAACAACGCCAAUAAUACAUCCGCGAGUGGUUCGGUGGGCAACAGCGCGAUCCCGGAGAAGGAGCGGCAGAACAUUGCCGAGAGGCUCCUGAGGGUGAUGUGCACCGACCUGGGGGCGCUGAGCGUGGUGAGCGGCAAGGAGUUCAUCAAGCUAGCCCAGACCCUGGUGGACAGCGGAGCUCGCUACGGGGCCUUCUCAGUCACCGAGAUCCUGGGCAAUUUCAACACGCUGGCUCUGAAGCACCUGCCGCGGAUGUACAACCAGGUGAAGGUGAAAGUCACCUGCGCCCUGGGCAGCAACGCCUGCCUUGGCAUAGGUGUCACUUGCCACUCGCAGAGCAUCGGUCCCGAUUCCUGCUACAUCUUGACAGCUUAUCAGGUGGAAGGCAACCACAUCAAGAGCUACGUGCUGGGAAUUAAAGGUGUGGACAUGCGAGAUAACGGUGAUUUUAUCCACCACUGGGUUCAGAACGUGCUCUCAGAGUUUGUGAUGUCGGAGAUCAGGACGGUGUACGUCACAGACUGCAAAGUCAAUUCCUCUGCGUUCUCCAAGGCUGGCAUGUGCUUGCGGUGUUCGGCCUGUGCCUUGAACUCGGUAGUGCAGAGUGUGCUGAAUAAGCGAACACUACAGGCUCGCAAUAUGCACGAAGUGAUCGAGCUCCUGAAUGUCUGUGAAGACUUGGCAGGAUCCACGGGCCUCUCGAAGGAGACCUUUGGCUCCCUGGAAGAGACCUCACCCCCACCCUGCUGGAACUCAGUGACCGACUCCCUCUUGCUCGUCCAUGAGCGCUACGAGCAGAUCUGUGAGUUUUACAGCAGGGCCAAGAAGAUGAAUCUCAUCCAAAACCUGAACAAGCACCUGCUCAGCAACCUUGCAGCCAUUUUGGCUCCGGUGAAGCAGGCAGUGAUUGAAUUGAGCAACGAGAGCCGGCCCACCUUGCAGCUGGUCCUGCCCACCUACGUCAAACUGGAGAAACUGUUCACUUCCAAAGCCAAUGACGCUGGCGUAGUCAGCAAACUCUGCCACCUCUUCUUGGAAGCGCUGAAGGAGAACUUCAAAGUUCACUCAGCCCACAAGGUAGCCAUGAUCUUAGACCCCCAGCAGAAGCUGCGGCCCGUCCCACCGUACCAGCAUGAAGAGAUAAUUGGCAAGGUCUGUGAGUUGAUCAAUGAGGUGAAAGAGUCCUGGGCAGAAGAAACAGAAUUUGAACCUUCAACCAAGAAAGCGCGGGCAGCAGGGGAAGCCACAGCAGCUCAGGAAGAGGAUUGGUUUGGGAAAAAUGAAGUCUAUGAUUAUUUGCAAGAACCUCUCUUCCAGACCACCCCUGACCUGUUUCAGUACUGGUCGUGUGUUACCCAAAAGCAUACAAAACUAGCCAAGCUAGCCUUUUGGCUCUUAGCAGUGCCUGCUGUUGGUGCCAGAAGUGAAUGUGUAAAUAUGUGUGAGCAGGCUCUCUUAAUCAAAAGGAGACGGCUACUCAGUCCAGAAGACAUGAACAAACUCAUGUUUUUGAAGUCCAACAUGCUUUAAGACUGUCUUUUAAUUAAAACAAAACUUUAAAACACUGUUCCAAACAAAGAAAAAGAAUUUUAAGUUCUAAACACUGUGGACCUCAUUAUGAAUGCCCCUGGAAACCAAGUGCUUUUUUAUAUAUAUAAAAAAAUAUAAAUAUAUAUAAAAUUAAGUUUGAAAGGAAAGCUGAGCACGUGAGAGAGACAGCCCUCUGCCAGGAACGUGCUCCUUUCCAUAGAUAGUGUGUGGACUUGACAGACUUUCUAAUGUUUUCAAGUGGGCAGACCAAUGGGAGGCUGAUGUUCUAAAGUCUUCAGGCAGCUGAGAUCUAAAGUGACUUGAAGUUUCUUUUGUUUCUCCUCCACCCCACCUUUUUCCUCUUGUUCCCUGGGCCAUCUUGCCAUGGAUAAUCAGACUACAUUGAACAGACCAGUUCUGCACUGGACUUUGCUCCUUUGAAUAACUGUACACCUUGAGGGCAUUUGUCUUCAGCCUUCUUGACAUACAGUGCAUGUUAUCAGGGCAGCUGUGUUUUAUGAACACCAGUAUCUUUAGAAAUCAGGAAGGGAGACUUCAAGGAUUUAUUUUAUUUUAUUUUAAUUCUCAGCUUUUUCAUUUAAGGAUUUUCCAGACAAGAGAAGUCACUCUUCUGUCUCCACUCCCA